GCUUGGCUACUCUCACCCAUCAUUCUCCCUCACUCCCCCGCACCACCCCACUUUCACACCACAACCACAACCACAACACAAGCAACACUGCUUCACUUGGCGCAAUCGUAUUACUCUGCUUUGAAUGUCCUCGUCUACAACUUCCUUGGGCCCGUCCGCCCAUUCUUAUGCCGGCCCGUCGUCGUCCUACUCUACCGCGUUUCCUCCGCUCCAGUCGAUCCCGUGGAACUUUCAACAUCACCAUCACCAAUACCACUCGAAUCAGCAUUAUAAAAAGCAUUCAACGCACGCAAAUCACCAGUCGUCACUCUAUCAGUGCUUGGCUCCACCAAAAUACCCGGCUUAUUUAAAGCACACGCUCUAUGCUGACUUGGCACUUGAACAAUACAACUAUUACCAGAACAAGCGUUCAUUUUUUCCUUCCGACCAUAACCACCAUCAUAGCAAUAAAAAUCACUGGGGUAUUACUGCUGCUGCUUCUUCUUCUACUACUGAUCAUGACCCUAUGCCGACUGCUGCCGAGUCUUCUUCUUCAGAUUCACCGUCGGCUAAAACUCACCAUGGACUUCCCUCUGCGUCCCCGUUGUCGUCGUCGUCUUCUUCCUCGUCAACGUCGCAAUACGCGUGGGCGGAAGAAAUAGAUUUACGGCUACCCACCUGCUGGAAUCAAAAGGCCAAGUCUCGCCAUAUUGAAAUUGGACGGAACGGGCUCGACUUGUCGUACAUUGGUACAUUGAUUGUUUUGGGGGUGGGGGUGUGGGGAUAUAUAGUAUGAGCAGAGUGUAAGAUUAAGCGUGUGCUGUGCUGGUCAGAUGUUUUUUUUUAUUAUUAUUUCUAAUUUGGAUGGCUUUUAUGACUGUGAUAGGUCCAGGAAAAUCUGAGACGCAUGCUGCUUCCGUCAGAGCCAACUUUCCGAUGCGUCGUCAGUGCGGAAUCUAUUACUACGAAAUGCACGUCAUUUCCAAGGGGGAUGACGGAUAUAUCGGGUUUGGGUUUUGCGGGGAAGACAAUGAGUUGGAUCGCUUGCCAGGUAGAGAAUAACUCUAUUCUCCUUUUUUUCCUCUCGGGCUUGCUAAUAACAACCCCCCAAUGCACCAUUUAUUUCCAACCCCACCCCCAAAAAAAAGCCUAAUCACUUCCAAGCGCUAAAUAAGCUUCAAAUGCAUUAACUUGCUUACAUGC